UCUGCCCAGCCAAAAGUCAGAAACGCGAUACAAUGAGAGCAACCGUGAGAAAGUAGCCCCUUCGAGGUGGAGGUGGUCCACAGGGAUACCAUCCCGAUCGAUGACAUGCCGACAUUGCUCCAUCUUGUCAUCCAACAACAAAGGGGAUAUCAUACAAAGCGUGAGGAAGCUCUUCUAAGUAUCUCAUCCACCUAGACUCAUGCUGAUCACUGUUCUCACCCGUUCAGCUCCUACAACACUCAGAAGACUAUCCACAUUCACACCAUUCCAACCUCUCGUCAAGAUGGUCGCUCCUGCCGGACUCUUCUCUAACCGAUACAAGCUCGAGGACAUGCCUGAUCUCAGUGGUCAAGUAGCCAUCGUAUCAGGUGGUACAAGAGGUAUCGGGGAAGCAGUCAGUGCUGCAUUGGUACAGAAAGGCUGUGAAGUGCACAUUCUGUCAGCUACCGAGGAGCACUUCAAAGAAGCUGUAGAACACAUUUCUGCCGAUACACCUUCCGCGCCUUCCCUCCUCAAGUACCAUCAGAUCGAUCUUCACUCGCUCAAAUCCCUCGCAGGGGUCAUUCCCGAAUUGGCCAAGCUUCCUCGAAUCGACAUGUUGUACUUGAUCGCCGGGAUCGGAGUCGCCCCAUUCCAAUUGACCGAAGAUGGCAUCGGUAACCAUUUCGCAGUCAACAAUCUCUCUCAGAUGAUGCUUGUGGAUGGGUUGCUGGACAAGAUUAAGGAAACUGCAAGGGGCAAGACAGGAGAAGACAAGUGGUCCACUCGGAUCGUCAGUGAGAGUAGCGAACUUCACCGUGCUGCGCCUUCCGAGGCCAAGUUUGCGAACUUGGCCGAAAUGAGUGAGGACAGCAAGGACAUGGAUCCGACGAAGCUGUACGGAAGAUCCAAGCUGGCCAACGCACUAUUCAUCCGCGAGCUAUCCAAGCAUCUUCCUCCUCUUACGUCGGAUGAGCCAAUCUUGGCAAUCUCCGUCCAUCCCGGAGCAGUAGCGACUGAGCAACAGCAAGGCGCAACCCAAGCUUACGGGUUCAUUCCUGGUGCCGAAAGUGCCCUCUGGGCGGGUACCGGAAAGACAGCUUCAGAACGACGAGAAGAAGUACAAGGCAGGUACUUCUCCGAGGCUGAUGGCAAGGUGGACACGGAAUCGGAUCAAGCGAAGGAUGAUGCGCUUGCUAAGCAGCUCUGGGAGCUCAGCGUCAAGACGUUGAAAGACAAGGCGGGAUAUGAAGUCAAAAUGUAGAUCAAUUCUGUGGUUCACGGCCCUUCCAGCGGGUCAGGUAGGAACGAUUCUCCCCCGCUUCCCAUACCCUGUAGCAUAUACAUGAAACGAAAUGAUGACGUCGUAUCUGGUCAUAAUUAUACCAACGUUUCGUAAAGCACAAUCUACGAAAGGUCAUAAUGAGAGAACUGUCUGGGUCAUGGAUCCGGGUUCGCAGCUCUCAAUUGAUCGUAGCGAGGAGGCAGAUCUCUGAAG